UUUCCCUCGCGCAGGCGCUCACAGAGUGCCGCAGCCCGACAUUUGCCCAUCAGCACUCCUUCCCCGUCAACCGCGAUGGUGAGACGGCGAGAGAGAUGAUGCGACAUUCGUCGGCGCCCAUCCACGCUCUCCUCUCCAUCUAAGAGCCAGAACAUUCGGAUCACUCGUCAACGGAAGGAUUGAGGGAAUAGCGUACCUCGCGCGUAUGUCUGAUUUUAGCGUCCAUCUAGGUCGGUCUCGCGUGAGCGCAGCAACCUCGACAUAGCACGCAGGUCCGGAGCGAGUAGCGGCCAGGAAGCUUGAAUUGAAGAGGACUCCUAGUCACGGCCAGGGUACGAUAGCCACGAGUAAUAUCAGCGGCUUUAAUUCCCUCGACAGCUCAACCGAUCGUCGCCAUUGUGGGCUGUAGUAUUGGGCAACGAUCGUAAACCACGUUCGACCAAGGGCCCCACAGAAAGAGCCUCUGUUAUAGCUCCUGUGCCGAGGUACGACUGCCGACUCAACUCUGCAUCAAGCGCUCCAUCUCCGACGCUUAGACCACGCGUUGACCCGGUUCCAUUCCCUCUAGAGCAUGCGCAUUCUCCUUACCUUGUAAGGAUGGCCCACAGACUGCCCGACACGCUCCUAGCGUGUGCUAGACGCCCAAAAACACGCUUCCCCAAACGCCUCCUCAGACCCUCUCGCAGACCUUCACUCCAGUCGUCCCUUCUUCUCCUCGCCGCGUUCGCGCUUUCCCUCCGCGUAACGCUCGUAUCCGCCGCCACAUUUCAGGGCGACACGGACGCGCUUCUCGAGUUCAAAGCCGCCGUCGCCAACCCGUCCGCGCUGAGCUGGCCCGAUUCGGGCGGCGACCCGUGCGUCGACGACUGGAGCCACGUCACGUGCACGCGCGACGCGAUCACCCAAGAGCACCGCAUCUCGUCGCUCCUAAUCGACAAUCUCAACCUCGGCGGAAGCGGCUCCCCGCUCCCCACGCAGCUCGCGCGCCUAGGCUACCUCCGCGCGCUGUUCCUGGGGAACAACGGGUUUGCGGGGGAGAUUCCGGGGGAGCUGGGGCAGCUGACGCGGAUGGAGCAGCUAGGGCUGGACCACAACGGCUUCACCGCCGUUCCUAGCGACCUCUUCGCCAACAUGACGGCGCUCGAAGCGCUCUAUCUUCAGAGCAACCCGCUGGGCGGGCAGACGCCGCCGGAUCUCGCGCAAAACACCAAGCUGCAGAUCCUGCUCCUUACCAACUGCUCGUUCACGGGCGAGUUACCGCCGUACCUUGCGUCGCUAGUCGCGCUCACUAACGUCUCCUUCGGGCUUAACGCGCUCGAGGGCGCGAUUCCCGAGGGGCUGUUGGGCGCGCACAUGCCGUCGCUGCUGUCGCUCCGCCUCAACAACAACCAGCUCUCCGGCCCCAUCCCCGCCUCGCUCUCCUCCGCGCCGCUCCUCUCCGAGCUCUGGUUGCACGGUAACGACCUCUCCGGACCCAUUCCGGAUACGCUAGGUGGCCCCUUGUCCCUGCUCCAGUCCGUGAAGCUAUACGAGAAUAGUCUCGUCGGUAUGCUGCCCGAGUCACUCGGCGAGGCGCGGCAGUUGUCGGAGCUACAGGUCCAGCGCAACCGAUUGGUUGGGCCGAUUCCCGCGUUUAUGGAGCGGUUCGGGGAGGGGAGCUGGGGUGAGAACGGAUGGUGCGCGCCGAGCCCUGGCGACGCGUGCUCCGAUGAGGCUAUGGCGUUACUGGAGUUCCUAAGAGGCGUGGAAUACGCGCCCGCGCUUAGCGACUCGUGGGUUGCUAACGACCCCUGCGCUUCGAGCUCGGGGUCAGGGUCGAGCUCGUCUGGUGCCCAGUCGUCGUCUGCCACGUGGCUCGGUGUUGGGUGCUCGACCGAUGGCCACGUCAGCAGCCUCACCGUUCCCGGGCAGAAUCUGAACGGCACCAUCUCCGCGUCGCUCACGCGGCUGCCCGCGCUGGAAAUGCUUCAGCUGCCCGACAACAAUCUCGAGGGCUCGCUGCCCGCGGAGCUCGCGCAGCUGCCCGCGCUGCGAGCCGUCAACGUGGCGAACAACAAGCUCACCGGACCGCUGCCGGAUUUCCCGCCGCAAGUGACGGUGCUGGCGACGGGGAACAUGCUGGAAGGCGGAGCCUCCGGGGGGGAUGGUGCUUCCGCCGCCGCGCCCCCGCCAUCAUCCCCUCCACCAGUAGCGAAUAGCAGCGGAGGGAGCGACGGCGCUAGUAGUGGCAGUAGCGGCGGAGGCAGCGGAAACAAUGCGGGGAGUGGCGGGGGGAAAGGCGGCGGAUCGGGAAGCGUUCCGCCAUUGUCGCCGCCAGCUGCAGCACCAGACGGAUCCGGGAAGGAUGGCGGGAAUAGUAGCAGCGGGGGGAAUAGUAGCGGCGGGGGGAAUAGUAGCGGCGGGGGCAACAGCGGGUCGAAGAACGAGGCAGGUAGUAAUCCAGGCAUCAGCGGUCCCACUGAUUCCCCCUCAAGUUCGCCCCCCACCACUCCGCCUCCCCAGCCGUCCGCUCCGCCCUCUUCUCCUUCCGCCGCGUCCGGCUCUCCACCCCCAUCCGCAUCCUCAAAGCGCGCCUCUCCCCCGCGCGUGGCGGAUAUCGAAGCACCCGCUUCCGCUCUUCCUCCGCCCGUUGCGCCUCCCGCGUCGGCGGAUCCCGCGCCGCUUCCCCCCACCGCGUCCAUCCGCAGCAAUCCGCGGGGGAACGCGCCUGGCACUCCGCCUCCCGCGGAGUUUAACACUUCCGAUGUUAACAGCAGUAGUGGCAACGGCAACAGCAGCGGCAAUAGCGGCGGCGGUGGCAGCGGCGGUACCAAGUCGAAAUCAGCAUCCCCCUCCCCGACGGCCCCAGCCUCCCCAUCAUUUUCCCCUCCCACCGCCACUCUCUCCGCCGAUUCUCCCACACCCGCGCCCCCCUCUCUCCCUCCCCCCACCUCCGACACCUCCCGCACUGCCUCCUUCGCUCCCGGCUCGUCCGCGCCCUCCCCGCAAUCCUCCCCCCCUCCCCCCGCUGCUUCCGCCCCCGCGCUGAGCACUCCGCUGAUCGCGGUGAUCGCGGUGGCGGCGGCGCUGCUGCUGCUGGUGGUGCUGUGCGCGGGGGUGCUGGGGAUGCGGUACUGGCGGGGGGAGGGGCGCAGUGGCGGGCGCAAGGGCGGCGCUGCUGCAGCGACCAUGCCGCACGAUCUCCCCUCCGUCGCCCCUUCCCCUUUCUCCUCCGCAGCGUUCUCCGCCUCCGCCGCCGCCCCCCCCUCGUCCGCCUCAGAGAGCGCAACAGGGGGCGCGCAUUCAGCAGCGUCAGGGGGAACAGGAGGCGCAGCCAGUGGCGGAGGAGGAGGAGGGGGGAGCGGGUGGGGAUCCGGACUGAGCGGGGGAGAGGGCAGGGGGGAUGUGGUGCUGAAUCUGGGCGCAUGGGCAGGGGGGGCCGGGGGAGGGGGGGCAGGGGGGAGGAUGAUGAUACAUGGUAGUAACAGUGGUAGUGGGAACGCGAGUGGCAGCGGUGGCAGCAGGAGCGGGAGUGGCGGUGUGAGCAUGGCCGGAAGCAUGGGGGCGGGCGGCAGCAUGGGCAGCGGGAUGAGCGGCAUGGUGAUGCAGAUGGACGUGCUGCGCGCGGCCACGGGCGGGUUUGCGGCGGAGAACAUCAUUGGCAAGGGGGGGUUCGGCACCGUGUACAAGGGCGAGUUGGAGGACGGCACGCGCGUGGCCGUGAAGCGCAUGGAGAUGGCGCAGCUCGCGAAGAAGGGCGACUCGGAAUUCCAGGCGGAGAUCGAGGUGCUAUCCUCGGUGCGGCACCGCCACCUGCUAGGGUUACUAGGCUACGCGGUGGAGGGCCACGAGCGGCUCCUAGUCUACCAGCUCAUGGCGCGCGGCCCGCUCAGCCGCCACCUCUUCGACCACCGCCGCCUCGGCCUCCCCCCGCUGACGUGGCGCGCGCGCGUGUCGGUGGCGCUCGACGUGGCGCGCGGCGUGGAGUACCUCCACUCGCUGGCGCACACGUCGUUCAUACAUAGGGAUCUUAAAGCCAGCAACAUUCUGCUGGACGAGGGGAUGCGAGCGCGAGUGGCGGAUUUUGGGCUGGUGAAGCACAGCAAGGGGGACGGCAUGCAGAGCAUCGAGACACGGAUCGCGGGGACGUUCGGGUACCUGGCGCCGGAAUAUGCGGUGACCGGGCGGGUUACCACGCGGUCCGACGUGUACAGCUAUGGCGUGGUGCUGAUGGAGCUCAUCACUGGUCGGCGCGCGCUGGACGACUCCAAGGCGGACGAGGCGGCGCACCUUGCCACGUGGCUGGCGCCCCUGGUGCCGCACAGGGACCAGCUCGCUAAGGUCAUAGAUCCCAUCGUGUUGCCCGAGAUGCCCGAGUCACACAACGCACACAGCCCACACGGUGCCCAUAGCGGCGAUGUGGCCGACAGCGGUGUGUUCUCAUCGGUGUGCGCCGUGGCGGACCUGGCUCUGGCGUGUGUGUCGAGGGAUCCCCGGCAGCGGCCGUCCAUGGGGGACGUGGUGGGCGUCCUGGCGCCGCUGCUGCACCAGCUGCAGCAGCAGGAGGAGCGCAAGGAGGAGAGCACGCAGCAGCAGGCCCCUCAGGAGGACGUGAGUGUGGCGGGCAUCGACCUGGGCGUGAGCCUGGCAGAGGCGCUGCAGCAGUGGAAGCACAUGGACGCACACGGAGCUUUCAACUCUUGUGACGUGCACGCACACGCGCAUGCACCACGCGCUACUGGUGAUGGCAGUGCUGGCGGCACAAGUGCAGUUCCUGCCUCUGCUCCUCGUGACGACGCGUCGUCCAUCACUCCAACCCCUGCUGCUGCUGCUGCUGCUGCUGCUGCUGCUGCUGCUGUUUCAGCAGCUGCUGCUUCCGGCAAUGCAACCAUUGCCCCCUCCAAUCUCAACAGCCCUCACCCUCACCCUCACCACCACCUAUCCCUGCUCAUCGACCCUUCGCCUUCCUCCUCAGGCGCUUUUAGCUUUGGCUCCGCCCGUUAUGCAGCCACACCUGCAGUCACCACACCAGGUGGCACCCCCCACAUCCUCACUCCCACGCUCACCACCCCCAGCACCACCAGCCGAAGCAGCAGCGGGCGGCUUGGCUCGUCCACUUCCUCAGGCGAUCGCAGUAUCUUUCUAUCCAGCGGCCCGCUUAGUUUAGGCUCGGAUGGGUUCCCCACCCCAACCCUGCUGCUAGGCUCGGAAGGGUACCCGACCCCGUCCGUGCGGUUAGGUUCGGAUGGGUACCCUACGCCGUCGGUUCGGGAUUCGUGGAGCAGUGGGUGGGCGAGUGAGAGGAGUGAGAGUGUGAGUGAGUGGAGGAGUGAGAAGGGAGGGAGUGGGGAGGGGAGAAGGAGAGGGAGUAUGAGUGGGGGGCUGGAUGCUGUUGGUGAGCCUGUGAGCUGGACGAAAGGGGGGUCGUUCAUUAUCAAGAGAAUCGGGGAUCAGCUUGAUGAUGUGCUUAUAGAGAAGGGCGCGUGCAGGAGUGUCGGAGGGGGGUUGGAGGAGAAGAAGGGGCUACUGCUGUGUGCUGAAGACUCGCUCAGGGGCUCGGAUGGGGAUGGGGUGGGAGCAGGGGAUGUUGGUGGGGGGGAUGGAUGGGAUGCGUUCUUUUACCAUAGGGGUGGGAAGGGAGGGAAGGAAGGAAGAGGAGAGAGGGUGCGAGGGGAGUAUUUACAGUUGGGGGCAGAUGAGGUGACGAAGGGGGGUGUGCCGCAGCUAGCCGACAUUGGAACGGGGAGGCAAAGGGGGAGGGAAGGCAGGUCAGGCAGCAAGCUCAUGGACGAGGUGUUGGUGGGGGCGGGGGGGCGGGGAGGGGACGUAAAGGGGUACGGAGGGGGGGAUGGUGCGGGGCUGGGGAUGUCGUUAGCAGAGCAGUAUGCGAGGCAGGGGUCGUCGGAGGGGGGCUCGGAUGCGAGUGGGAGGAGCAUCCCCACCUUCAUUCAGCCACGCCUUGCGGUGUCAGGCCGCUGAGUGCCACGCCUUGCCGUGUCAGGCCGCUGAGUGCCACGCCUUGCCGUGUUAGAGCGGUAGAUGUGGCGUUGGGGCUGGGUGUCUUGAGGUGUAGGGAGGCGGUAGAGGUGUGGUGGUACUGGGAGUUGGUUUGGGUGGGGGCGAGCUGAGACACCUAACAAUGCAGAUCGGAAGGAUGCGAGCUAACUAGCUGGACAAAGGGCUAACUGAUGGGUAUAGAAGGGUUUGUGUGUGUGCGGUUGGUCACUGGUGCAAGCACUGGCAGGCGUGUGCAGCCAUGCAGCCGAGCUGACACCCGUGCCGACUCAAAGCGCGCAGCCAUGCUGGUGCAAGGGCGUGGGUGGUUAUGAAUUGGAGAGUCAUGGGUGGGUGGGUAGGCAAAUAUAGUGACUGGCUGGGCGUUCUGGCAUGAGCACGAGUGCAUGUGGCAAGACAGGGCAGCUAGGGACCCUUCUUUCUGACUGGAGUAUGGCAAUGUGUUACCUUCUUGGUGACCAUCUGUUACAUUGUAACUGCUGACCUUCGGGGCAUUUGACAACUGAAGAUCCUUCUGCACGUGUGUACUUCGGCAUAGGUGUAUGGUUGGCAUGCUAUGUCGGAAGGAGUCAUACAAGUUUGAAACGAUAUAUACCCGAACUGGUGCAUGCAAGGUGUAUUAGAAUAACAGAUUGAAUAGAGA